AUGGAGAGGGAAGAAGUUCUUGAGGAUAUUUCGGUAGGAUUCUUGAUACUCUGGGAGAUUUGGAAAAAUCCAGCUUUUAGUCCCAAAUUCGCUAAAACACAGAGUAAAACACGUGAAAAUGAGUUUGGCAUUCUCGGAUUCCAAGUUGCAGGACGAAAGUUUAAUCUGUAUGUUCUUAUUAAAGACGAUGAAGACAUAAGUCGUCUUUUCCUUUUACGUUCUAUAGAAAUUCCAACACAAGAUAACAAAAAAACUGUAUUAGAAUUUGUAGAGGCUUUGUUGUUGCUACGAAAACAACGAAUCAUUGAUCUCGAGACUGAAAAUGCCGAAAUUCCUGAACUUAAGAAGAAAUUACUAAGAGUUUAA